UUGGGGUCGAUACAUAAGGCGUUUAAAGAGCAGUGUGCGGGUUUCUUCUUAUUUCUAAUCUGAUUCACCUAUUACCAUGCACCUGCAAAGAAAUAUAGCUCAGAUGUGCGAGUGCCUAUUAUCAUUAUCUCUGGUAGUUUAUUUUAUUUAUAAUUUGUUGACGAGUUACACGAUUAUGUCGAGAUGCAUCGAUUCCAAGAAUGGCAGAGGAUCUUACGACUAGUUCAACUGGCUAGCUAACGUUAGCAAGCGUACGUCCAGCUCAGAAUGAAUGGCCAGUGGGUGCAGUGAUUGCUCAGCGGGGACAUCAGCUUGCUAGUAGCGUCUGUAACAACUCAAUAUAUAUUGAGCUGUUACAUUUUAUCAUCUAGCUGUUGCAAUGAAAUUGGUUUAAAAUCUGUUGCAAUUAUGUGACCAGGAAGCUAUCUAGGAAUGUUAAUUUGUAACCGCGCGCGCACCAAUCGGACUUUGAAGUUCGCUGACUAAAAAUCAAAUGAGUUUAUUGGUUGCGUACGCAAAAUCAAUCAAACGUAUUUAUCAAGCCCUAUUUAUAUCAGCAGGUGUCACGAAGUGCUGUACAGAAACCCAGCCUAAACACCAAACAGUAAGCAAUACAGACGUAGAAGCACGGUGCAGCGAAAUGCUUAUGUUUCUAGCUCCAACAAUGCAGCAAUAUUUAUCAAUUCAACAACAAUACACACAGCACCCCUAGAAAAACUUUGUGUCUUCUAACAUGACCGUAAACUGCGCGUUAUGGUGUGUUCAAGACAACUUGAAACUGUGAAAAAUACGAGGUAAAAUAAUGACGACAUUGAUAUUCAGGUCGAAGCUCAAGAAAGAGGUCCGAGAUGGAAUUUCGAGUUAGAUGACCGUUCAAAACUAUCUUCCCCAGCUCGUUUUUUUUCAGAUUUCCAGUCGUCUUGAAUACUCUGUAGUCGGAGAUUUCCGAGUUCCAAGUUGUUUUGAACGCGGCAUUCGUGCUGGUGUGUGUGUGUGUGCGUGUGUGUGUAAAGGGGAGGGACUUAAUACAGUACGCUAUUUAGAGCGAGAUUGAACGGUGCUUAUGCAUUCAUUUUAGAGAUAGAUAAAUUAGAGUCUACUUCGGAGCGUCAAUCCAGAUUGACAGUGUUAUCCAAGGGAAAGAGGAAACCGAUAACGUCGGAGACCAAUCCGCUAGACAGGCUCCAGAGCAGAGGCCUCUCUAACUCCAACCACCCCAUAAAUCACCCUGAUAUGGAUGGAACCAACCAGCCAGCUGAGGUUAAUCAACAGUCUCCUGCCGGGCAGCAGGCCAUGGGGGGAGAUGUUGAGGAGAGCAACAGCAGUGGGAAUAGCCAGAACCCUGGAGAGAGAAAAGCCCAAAUGCCACCGCUGAAGCCACCCGCCACGUGGACCUCCAUGGCGAUGAAGGAGCUCAAGUCCAAGCUGCGACUGGAGAAGGACCGUGUGGUGACAGUGAAACAAGGAAACAUUUUGACAGUGCAUGUGCCCACCGUUCCUGAGGGAAAGAAAGUGUGCUGGGAGUUUGCCACAGAUAGCUAUGACAUAGCCUUUGGCAUCUCCUUUGACUGGAACCCUGUCACCAGCCAGGCCAUCACGGUCCACAUUAGUGAAUCCAGCGAUGACGAAGAGGAGGAAAAUCAGCUAGAAGGACUUAUCAACCCAGGGGAUGUUGAGAAGGGGUCUAAAUCAUUGGCCAACUCCAACAUAGGGGAAAUCUUACCUGUGUAUCGUCUGGACAGUCACAUGGCAGUGCAAGGUGGCAGUCACGAGUAUCCAGGCGAAGGCACUUACCUUCUGAAGUUUAAUAACUCCUACUCACUAUGGCGAAAUAAGACUCUGUACUACAGAGUGUAUUACAGUCCCUGAGGAACUGUAACUGUCAGCUUUUGCAUAUGACUGUAUGACUUACUAGAAUCACUUAUUUUUGAUUCAAUAUUUUUGAUUCCAUAGAACAUGUUAUGGUUAAUUUUAAGUGCAUAGAUUUUUCAUCACAAUCAACAUAUGUUGCUCACUCCUAGUCUACACUUAAAAUCUAAGAGGACCAGAGAAUUAUGAAGUGGGACAUUUUGCUCAUGUUUUACUGUGUUUAUAGAGAAAGAUUUGACGUAGCCUUGUGUUUGUGCCAUGUUCUGUUUAAAAGUUAUGUGCAGUGAGUUAAGGCAAAUUGACCAUAUUUGAAAGAUAUAUAUAUAUAUAGUAUAUGUACAGUACCAGUCAAAAGUUUGGACACACCUACUCAUUCAAGUGGUUUUUCUUUAUUUAAAAAAAAAAAUUCUACAUUGUAGAAUGCCUCUACACCUGGAAUGCUUUUCCAACAGUCUUGAAGGAGUUCCCACAUAUGCUGGGCACUUGUUGGCUGCUGUUCCUUCACUCUGUGGUCCAACUCAUUCCAAAUGAUCUCAAUUGUUGUUGAGGUCGGGUGAUUGUGGAGGACAGGUCAUCUGAUGCAGCACUCCAUCACUCUCCUUCUUGGCCAAAUAGCCCUUACACAGCCUGGAGAUGUGUUGGGUCAUUGUCCAGUUGAAAAACAAAUGAUAGGCCCACUAAGUGCAAACCAGAUGGGAUGUUGUAUCGCUGCAGAAUGCUGUGGUUGCCAUGCUGGUUAAGUGUGCCUUGAAUUCUAAAUCAAUCAUUAAGUGUCACCAGCAAAGCACCCCCACACCACCUCCUCGUUUCACGGUGGGAAGCACACAUGUGGAGAUAAUCCGUUCACUUGCUCUGCGUCUCACAAAGACACGGUGGUUGUAACCAAAAAUCUCAAAUAUGGACAGAUUUCCACUGGUCUAAUGUCCAUUGCUCGUGUUUCUUGGCCCAAGCAAGUCUCUUCUUAUUAUUGUUAUCCUUAAGUUGUGGUUUCUUUGCAGCUAUUCGACCAUGAAGGCCUGAUUUACACAGUCUCCUCUGAACAGUUGAUGUUUAGAUGUUUCUGUUACUUGAACUCUGUGAAGCAUUUCUUUAGACUGCAAUUUCUUAGGCUGGUAACUCUAAAGAAAGUAUCCUCUGCAGCAGAGGUAACUCUGGGUCUUCCUUUCCUGUGGCGGUCCUCAUCAUAGCCCUUGAUUGUUUUUACGACGGCACUUGAAAAAACUGCAUUGACUGACCUUCAUGUCUUAAAGUAAUGAUGUACUGUUGUUUCUCUUUGCUUAUUUGAGUUGGUCUUGCCAUAGUAUGGACUUGGUCUUUCACCAAAUAGGGCUAUCUUCUGUAUACUACCCCUACCUUGUCACAACACAACUGAUUGCCUCAAACGCAUGAAGAAGGAAAGAAAUUCUACAAGUUAACUUUUAACAAGGCACACCUGUUAAUUGAAAUACAUUCCAGGAGACCUCAUGAAGCUGGUUGAGAGAAUGCAGUGUGCAAAGCUGUCAUCCAUAUAUGUUAUUUCAUAGUUUUGAUGUCCUCACUAAUUUUCUACAAUGUAGGAAAUAUUCAAAAUAAUGAAAAUCCCUGGAAUGAGUAGGUGUGUCCAAACCUUUGACUGGUAAUGUAUAUUAAUCAGACACAACAUUUCUUUGGUGGCAGCAAUUAGAGAACACUGAUAGAAAGAUGAUUGCUAGGUCAAAAGCUUAAUCGUUGCUCCAAAGAACUGUCAUUUGUUUUAUUUUUUGCUUCAUAUAUGUCACUCUUUUGCCUUUGAAAAUGUUUUUGUUUUACAUGAAUUGUAUGAUAAUCCAAAUGCAGUUAAACAAAUAUUCUGCACAACAAUUCAAUAGUUUUUUUGCAUACUGUGAUUGGAAUGAGUGAUUGUCAAUGAAAGAAUAUUGAAUGUUGCUCAGAAUCCAAUGAUAAAGCAAAUGGUCACCUUCUGUCUUUCUGACACAAAUAAAAGCCAUGCCCUAUCACAAAAAGUUUUUAUGUAAUAUUGGUUCAAUAUUUACAUUGCCAAGUCCCUAUUUAGUUUGCUGGUUGUCAGACGGUGGGUUGGUCUUUGUGGACAAUAGCAUGAGACUAUUAUAAAUACUAACAGAUUCAAUCUAUUUCUAUACUGAACAAAAAUAUGAACGCAACAUGUAACAAUUUAAAAGGUCUUACUAAGUUACAGUUCAUAGAAGGAAAUCAGUCAAAUGAAAUACAAUCAUUGGACCCUAAUCUAUGGAUUUCACAUGACUGGGCAGGGCAUUGGCCCACCCACUUGGGAGCAAGGCCCAGCCAAUCAGAAUGGGUUAUUACCCAUAAAAGGGCUUUAUUACAGACAGAAAUACUCCUCAGGAUCCCAAUUCUCUAAAGUGACGUUGGAGACAGGUUAUCGUAGAGAAAUUCAUAUUAAAUGAUCUGGCAACAGCUCUCUUGGACAUUCCUGCAGUCAGCAUGACAAUUGCACGCUCCUUCAACUUGAGACGUUUUUGGCAUUUUAGAGUUGCCUUUUAUUGUCCCCAGCACAAGGUGCACCUCUGUAAUGAUCAUGCUGCUUAAUAAGGUUAUUUGAUAUGCCACACCUGUCAGGUGGAUGGAUUAUCUUGGUGGAUGGAUUAUCUUGGCAAAGGAUAAAUGCUCACUAACAGGGAUGUAAACCAAUUUGUGCACAGCAUUUGAGAGAAAUAAGCUUUUUGUGAGUAUGGAAAAUGUCUGGAAUCGUUUAUUUCAGCUCAUGAAACAUGGCACCAACACUUUAGAUGUUGCAUUUGUUUUUUGUUCAGUAUAAAAGUAUGAUUUGGAUAGUCCCUUUAAAGUGCAAUAUAUGCACAGAUCUCUGUAAAAGAAGAUAAUUUGUAUUGUGUGUGUCUUUUCUGUGUUGUAGCUCUGUAUGCACCUAAUCAUGUUCGCAAAUUAUUUUAGCCGCCCAUACGUGGUUCCAAAAAAUAAUGUUUGUACCUCAUCCAUCUGUGUUGUGCAUGUUUCCAAAGGUACUGUAUCAUAUGAAUUGUGCUGUUAAAAUAUAAGGAACUGAAAAUAAGUAUCCCAUGGUUGCUGUGCUUUGUACUGCAUGCACUUCUGUUUCUUAUAAGCUUUCCUUUUAAAAAUAAAUCACAAUAAAUUUGAAAGAUUGUCA